AUGGAAUUAGUUGUGUACGAGGUCCACCCUCACAUUGCAUUAUUGCGUGAGUUAUGCGGUGAGACCCAUGAAGAAUCACUGUCUGAUGACUCAGACAAUGAAAGCUACUUAAAAAGUCUUGAUCCAAAAAACUGGAAAAGUCAGGAUCAUUAUUCUGUUUUGGGGCUCAGAAAAAAACGCUAUCUUGCUUCUUCUGACGAUAUCAGGAAAGCAUAUCGCAGAAAAAUUUUGAGUCAUCACCCUGACAAACGUCGUUCAAAGGGGGAGUUUAUUCAAGAUGAAAAACUGGAUUACUUUUCAUGCAUAACUAUAGCAUACGAAAUACUUGGAAAUCCCGUCAAACGUCUUGCGUAUGAUAGUGUGGAUCCAGUCGUCGUAGAUGAUUCAGUUCCUACCAUCAGUGAAAUCAAGUCCAACUUCUUCACUUCAUUGGGAAACUUUUUUAAUCGUAAAUCUAGGUGGUCUAAAAAGCAACCUACUCCUCACCUUGGUAACAGUCUAACUGAUAUAGAUGAAGUCCUCAAGUUUUAUGACUUCUGGGAAGAAUAUGAUACCUGUCGUGAUUACUCAUAUCUAGAUGAAGAAGAUAAGGAAAAAGGUGAAGAUCGAGAAACAAGACGUGCAAUAGAGAGACAAAAUCGUAUUGAACGAGCACGUCGAAGGAAUGAAGAAGUAAGCAAUGUUCGGAACAUAGUCCUUCUUGCUAAAGAAAAUGAUCCAAGAAUUCUAGCUGCAAACAAGGCUGCUCGUGAUGCUAAGGAAGCAAAACGUCAGGCUCGUUUAGUUGCUGUACAAAAACGACGUGAAAUGGAGGAAGAGCAACGAAAACGUGAAGCUGAGGCUGCUGCACUUGCCCGUGCUGCUAGUGAGGAGCGUCGGAGGUCGGAAGCUGAACGUAUUCGCAAGGAACGUGAUCUAAAUCGUAGUGAGGCUAAACGUGAAAGGCGUCAAUUACGGAGUAUCCUUGUCGAGCAACUCAAUUACUUUGUAGAUGAUAAAAUUGAUACAUCUGAAGUGGGUUCUCAUCAAGUCAAAAUUUUAGCCGAUAUGGAUUUGUUAUGUCAGCGUUUGUCGAAUGCUCAAUUGCAUGAAUUAAAUGAAUAUUUGGAGCAGGCCGGUACCCCUGAUAAAGCGCAUUGUAUUUUCUCAGCCAAGGUAGAAUCAGUUAAACACGAGCUUCAAGCAAAUAAUCUGCAAUCACAAACUAAACUAAGACCUGAAAACAGUCCUAGUACAGACAGCCAAACUAAUGCUUCUAAGUGGACAACAGAAAUGAUCCAGGUUUUGGUUAAAGCAGUUAAUAUUCUUCCAGCUGGAACACCUAAACGCUGGGAAGCGAUAGCUGCUUAUGUAAAUCAACAUAUUAGUGGUGUCUCUGUGUCUGGUAAAGAUGUUUUAAAGCAAGCAAAACUCUUAAAAGAGGAAGAUUCCAAUUUGCGUAAAACAGCCAAUACUAAAGCAUUUGAUUCAUUUACCAAUUCUGUUAAAGAAACUGAUGCUGUCAAAAAUGUGACAAUUACAACCCAAUUAGAAGCUGAAGUAUCUCGUCCUUGGACAGUUAUUGAACAACGUGCCUUAGAACAAGCCCUCAAGACUUAUCCAAGUAAUGCUGGAGAUUCUGGUUCGGAUGAUCGUUGGCAACUUAUUGCGAAUGUUGUCGGUACUCGUACUCGACGUGAAUGCAUAAUAAGGUGUAAAGAGUUAGCAGAACAGGUUCGCGCUAAAAAGGCUGCUUUGGCUGCGGCCAAGAAAUCUUGA